AUGAUCUUCAAAAAGAUCACGAUCGAAUUGGACGCGAGUAUCUCAGCUUUGAUCUGCCGCGGUGAUGAGGCGGGACGGGGCCGGGUGGGCAUCAACGUGCCACCUUACGAUUCAAUAAUUCGUGGCCGAAUGCUGCAUCAGCCAUUCCUUACAUUUCUAUUAAUUGGCAUUGCUCAUGCUUCGACGAAUGUUGUCAUCACCUAUCCUGAGAACCUUUUGGAAAAAGCCACCGAGCCCAAAGAUGUCUCGCACGACAAGCAUUCGCAUUUGCUUCUGGAAGAGAUUGAAUUUGACAACUUGACGACGACAACCCCAUCCCUUCUAGACGAGAUUAUUCUGAUCGAUGAGGCAAAUUAUAAAGAGGAAGUCUCGGUGAAUCUGACGUCGUGCGCCAUAGAAUCAUGGAAUCAGGUGCACACCGACGAGAUCCCAAACGACGAUCUUCAUCGUCAUUGGGUUCUGAAGAAAGCUGGAAGGCAGAAUUACCUGUACGCGACGUCACCCAGCUUGUUGGCCGCUUUCGCUUUCGAGAAGCAUAUUGCGGUGACGCUGACAGCAGAGACUUAUUACGGAAAGACCAUUUACUGCCGCUAUUAUGACUGUCGUCGUCGUGAGAUUCCGAAUCAAUUCAAGACGUUCGUCUUCCCCGAAGCCACCGUAUACUGUGGAAGGAGAGUUGGAGCUCGUUACAUCUCAGUGACGGAGACGCUCGAGGAGAAGCCUGAGUACAGCGUUCCAAUUGUGAAUCGGGUGAAUCCAGUGCCCAAGCAUUACUUCACCACCUGCAUGGCUACCCUAUACGGCGAUGAGCCCAAAUUUCUUCAAGUCGCCGAUUUCAUCGAAUACUACAAGAUUCAAGGUGCCACCUUUUCUCAUGUGUACUUGAGAAAUGUUAGCGAUUACGAUCGGUUGAUUCUCGAUGAUUACGUGCGAACCGGCGACAUCGAAUUGAUCAAAAUGCAUGACCAUUUUUGGAGGGACGAUUUCAUGUGGCAUCAUGUGCAGAUCACCGAUUGCCAUCAAAGGAAUAUCAAUUUCGCCAAAUGGACUGCAUUUAUCGAUAUCGACGAACGGAUUGAAAUGAAGAGUCCCCAACUUCCAUAUAUAGUGGAUCUUUUGGAUACGGUAACCGAUCCGAAUAUAGCCAACCUUCAUUUCCGGAUCCAAUGGGUCCAGAAGCUCUAUGACACUCCAGCAAGGUACAUCAAUGAUUCUCAGCUAAUCGAUGAGAUGAUAUUCCGGAAAUACACGAACACAUCGAGAGUCGGCGGCUACUGGAAGCAGCCGAAAUGCAUUGUACGACCUGAAAUGAUCGGAUCGAUGUCGAUUCACGCGCCGCACGUCGCCUAUCGCGGAAUCAAGCGGACAUUGGUGAACGAGACCGUCGGAAUUGUCAGGCACUAUCGUAACGUCAAGCAGCGGGUAUUCAAAGGCGCGUUGAAGCGAAUGCUCGAUGAGGGACCAUUCACCGAAACUCACAUCGAACCCAAUUUGGAGAAAUUGCUCACCGAAAAGAUAUUGGAACGUGUCAAAUGGGUUUAUGAGAUUGUCGACGUGACGUGCGAGCAGAAGCAAAUGAUCUACCAAAAGCAUGCCGGCCUCAAUGCAACGUGUUGGUUGGAGGAGAUGGCGAAGAAUGAGAGCAUGGCUCACAAUUUCAUUUCAUAA